UUGUGAUAGUAAUUAUAGUAAACAAUUGUUAACUAUUUGUUUUGUUUUAAAGUACUUUUAAUUAAAAUUUUAGAAUUUAAAAAUUUUUAAAUUUAACUAGACAUUAAAAAGAGAUGGAAUAAAUUUAUGUACAUAAAAAAAGUAUUUUGUGAUAACAAAAAUUUAUGAAAUUCAAGUCAGACGUAAUUUUUGAGGUUAUAUAUUAUAUUUACUUCAUUUACUUGUUACUAAAGUUCAAGUAUUAUUUUUCAAUUAAGAAUGGAAUUACGUGAACCAAAGAAGAAACCUAGAGCAAGAUUGGAGCAUAAACAAUCUUAUCCCAUAAUUUUCGAUGAAAAUGGCGAGUUAAUUAUAUUUACUGCACAAUUAAGUUCAUUAGGUACCUGCAUCGCUGAACCGGAUGAUAUGUCAGCAAUUCAUUCUAUGGGCUUUUUUGGAAAAGGAUCACUCUCGAGAAGUUAUCCUACAUUUGGAAAAGCACGUUAUGGAGCACCUCCAGUAAUCAAAGAGAGACAAUGGCUACAAAGAUUACAAUGGAUGAGGGAAGUAAAGGAAUUGAGUGAAGAAUUUCAAACCGAGAACGAAAUGGAAAAAAUUAUUAAUGAAGAUGAUCAAAGUCAACCAGGAACUUCCGGUCUGUCUGGAAAAACGUCGAAAACUUCAAAAGCACAAAACUCCAAACUAUCGGAUAUAAUUGAAAUAGUUGCCGAUAAAAAUACAAAACUUCAACAACAUGGAAAACGAAGUCUAGACAAUGAUAUUGAAAUUCUCGAUGAAAAUAAAGAACCACAGGCAAAACAGUCGAAAUCCACCGACAAGCAAGUAGACGAAAUUAUUCUCGAUUCAGCCGAAGAUGAGGAUAUUGUCGAAAUUUCCAAGGAGGAAUUUAAUAAAAAACGUCAAGAUUCAUCGCAAAGGGAUGAAUUGGACUUUUCAUCAGAGGAGGAAAAUAAUGACAUUGAUAUUAGAAAAGUUUUAAUAUUACCGGACAGCGAUUCGGAGAAUGAAAAUUAUCUCAAUGAAAUUAGACCGAGAAUUGAAGAUGACGGUUUUCCAGUAAAAGAAAGUCUUCAUUUAACAUUUGAAGAAAGUUUCUUUCUUGUCUUUGCACUUGGUUGUUUGCGUGUCAUGGAUUUUCGUGGAAAAAUACUUUCUAUCGAAGAAAUUUGGGAUCAAUUUUGUCGUGAUGAUAUUUAUUUUAUACAAAAAUACGUAAUCUAUCAUUAUUUUCGGAGCAAAGGUUGGGUUGUUAAACCUGGACUCAAAUUUGGAGGUGAUUUUUUACUGUACAAACAAGGACCACCAUUUUAUCACGCAUCCUACAUUGUUCUCGUUGACGUUAUUGACGAGACAACAUUAAAAAGAAUUCCCGAGAAAGCAAUGCGAAGAAUGAAUCUCAAAGAUCUUAUGGGAAUGGAACGAUUAGCAGAAUCAGCCGCAAAGGAAAUUCUUUUGGCUCAAGUUAUGUGGCCGGAUUCAGUUCCUAGAGAAAAUCAUUUAGUGGCUCUUGAAAAAUUAUCCGAUUUCACGGUCAAAGAAAUAUUAAUGAGGCGAUGGAGAAUUAAUAAGAAGUCUACAGCAUCCUCUCUUGUUCCAUCUGAAGACGAGGAAGAUUCGGCAUAAGAAAAAAAUUUUUUUUCGAAAACCAAUUCUCAAAAAAAUGUUUUGAAAAACAUUUCUCAAAAAAAUUACAAAAUUAAAAAGGAGAAAGAAAAUAUCCUCUUUCUUUAAUAGUUAAUUAAGAG